AUGUUGAUGUUACGUCACAGUUUGCGUAUGCCCAUGAGUAUGGGGAUCGUGUCGACAAUCACCAAACCUAAAUAUUUUACUACUAAUUCUUUACUAUGGAAUCAAUUGAAAAAUAAUGAAGAUAUAAAUGAUUCAUCUGUGAGUAAUGUAAUUACACCCAGAAUAUUAAAAAUUGUUCCUAAUACCACAGAUAUUGUUGAGUUAGAAAAACAAGAUAUGUUAAUUAAAAGACGUAGAAAAUUAGCUAAAGAAGUUACAGAAAUGAAAAAAUACAAACCUGUAUCACCGGGUGUUAGAUGGUACAGACAUCCUGUUUAUCCUUACCUUUAUAAAGGUAGACCCAUUAGAUAUUUAACUACUAUUAAAAAAAAUCAUGGUGGUCGUAAUAACACUGGUAGAAUUACAGUUCGUCAUAGAGGUGGUGGUCAUAAACGUAGAUUAAGAUUAGUUGAUUUUAUUAGAAUGGAACCAGGUAAACAUUUAGUGAAAAGAAUUGAAUAUGAUCCAAAUAGAACAGCUCAUAUUGCUCUUUUAGAAUCUCAAGAAACUGAAAAAUUAUCUUAUAUUAUCGCUUGUGAUGGACUUAGAGAAGGUGAUACUGUGGAAUCUUAUCGUAAAGGGAUUCCAUCAUCUUUAUUAAAUGAAAUGGGCGGGAAAAUUGAUCCUGCUAUCUUAAGUGUUAAGACUGCACAAAGAGGUAAUUGUUUACCGAUUUCAAUGAUUCCAAUUGGUACAGUGGUACAUAAUGUUGGUAUUACACCUUCAGGCCCAGCAAAAUUUUGUAGAUCUGCUGGUACUUAUGCAAGAAUCAUCUCUAAACUAACUGAAAAGAAAAGAGCUGUUGUACGUUUACAAAGUGGUGAACACAGAUAUGUUUCCCUUGAAGCAUGCGCUACUAUUGGAAUUGUCUCUAACAUUGAUCAUCAAAACAGCUCUUUAGGUAAAGCCGGGAGAUCUAGAUGGUUAGGUAUUAGACCAACAGUAAGAGGUGUUGCUAUGAAUAAGUCAGAUCAUCCUUUGGGUGGUGGUCGUGGUAAAUCCAAAUCUAAUAAAUUAUCUAUGUCACCUUGGGGUCAAUUAUCAAAGGGUUAUAAGACUAGAAGAGGUAAAAACCAAAACAGAAUGAAAGUCAAGGAUAGACCAAGAGGUAAACAAAAGAGAGGAUGA